AUGACAGACACAAACACCUACGAGUGCAAGGUCAGAACACUUCCCGGAAUCAGGAGCAGCAUCAUUCACCUGGAUGUAAUGAAGAAGCCAACUAAACCUGAUUGUUAUGUGGAGGGUGUGGUUGAGUUGGAUCGCAGGGUGCUGUUGAGAUGUAGGGGCACACAAGGCAGCCCCCCCAUCUUGUACAGAUGGUCCAUGUAUGGCACAGACAAGAGCCUCCCCUUUGAUUCCACUGUGGAUUCCACACAAGGUGACCUGUCUUUAACAAUCACCAAAGAAGUUGCCCCAGGGACCUUGGUCUGUACAGCUCAAAACCUUGUGGGCAUGAAGUCGUGUCAGGUAGACCUCAGGUUGAAGACGUCACCAGGCGUUACAAUUACCGCAGCAGUCAUGGGGGCCACGGUCUUCAUCAUCAUCACAGCCAUCAUCGUUUUCUUCUAUAAAAGAAGGAAGGUGGAGAAUUCAGGAAAUGAGAUCUUAGAAGACCAACUGCCUCCCCACAAAUGGCUGCCCAAAAAGGCUUUUCACCAGGCUGUGCCUUCUGGGUUUGCCCCUUGUGCAAGGAAGGUGCGUAAUGUGAAUGUGGAAGAAGUCAAGAUCAAGGCGCAGUGGAAGCAAAAAGAAAAGGAGGAGGAGGAUGUGUUGACUGAGCCUGAGCUGGGAAACUUUGAGUUUUCGGUUCCAGAACAGCUGAUCACAAUCAGCUCAAUCAACUCUGAGUAUAUUCAGUCUGAGGCGCGCACGUUCAUGCUACCUGUGAAGGAGCUGUACAGGGUUCACCUCCAGAGACAAAUAUCCAUGUGUGACUUACAAAUGGAUCACAUGAAACUGAAAAUGACGAAAACCAAACUCAAAAUCCAGAUACUGGAGCACCAGUUAAAGGUGAUCCUGGCUCCGUCUCAGCAGUCUGCCGGUAGCCGACACUCCCAGGGGAGCCAGCUGUGCUCUGUUGUCCACAUCCCUCGGUCUCGCUGUGGUUCUCCAUUGGGCUCCAUCAACAAGAUCACCCCGACUCCUAGUGGGUCUCAGGGCUCCUCUCCUCCGUCCUCGCGGUCCCAUCAGUGUCGCCACACGCAAAUACUCUGGGAAAAGAGGCUGAUCAUUGACCUGUCUUCCCCACAUGGCUCCAACAUCCCGAGCAUCAACAGUCUUAUUCCUAGCCUGGAUUUUUCCAUGCAGUACGCCACCAUUGACCACGCCAUGGCACUGAUCCAUCUGGCGGGACAUGGGGCAUGGCUGUCUGAGGCUGAUAUCACCAGCGCAUUCAAGGUCUUGCCCAUUCACCCUGACUUCCGGUGUUAUUUUGGUGUCUGCUGGAAGGGGGCUUACUACUUCUCCAUGCGCCUCACCUUCAGCUGCAAGAGCAGUCCCAAAAUCUUUGACUCUUUAUCCGAGGUUCUAUGCUGGAUCCUCUCCAACAAUUACAGGCUCCCCUACGUGCUUCAUCUCCUUGACGAUUUUCUUGUCCUGACUCCUCCGUCCUCACCUCCUUGCCACGGUCUCACUACACUGAAGUCCAUAUUUUCUGACCUCAGUGUCCCUCUGUCCGAAGAGAAAACUUCAGGACCUGGCAUGUCCAUUGAGUUUCUGGGCAUCACUCUGGACGCUCUGUCAUUCCAGGCUUCACUGCCCUUGGAGAAAGUGCAGCGCAUCUCGCUGCUCUUGUCUAAUUAUCUCCUGACAGACAGGUGCACCAAACGCCAGCUGCUCGCUCUCCUCGGGCACCUCAAUUAUGCCAUCCGCAUAAUUCCACAGGCAAAAUCUUUUCUUUCUCAACUGCUGACCAAAGCUGCAUCCAUUCCUUCUCUCCACAACCGUAUGGUUCUAGACGACACUUGUAAAAUGGAAAUGCGCAUGUGGCAGCAAUUUCUGUCAUCCUGGAACAGCAUCUCAUUCUUCUACGAUGACUUCAUCACUCAUCCCGAGGAUAUUCAACUCUACACGGACACGGCUCCCUCUGUAGGUUUCGGCGGGUAUUACGGGGGGAGGUGGUUUGCUGCUGCUUGGCCCUCCGAGUUCGAGUCCCUCGAUGCAGAGUCACGCUCUCCCUCGUCUGCUCUGUACGAGCUGUAUCCUGUGAUCAUUGCAACUCUAAUUUGGGGGCAUGAAUGGUCUAAAAAAUGCCCUACUAUUCACUCUGACAACACAGCAGUAGUAGAUAUAAUCAGUAAAGGCCGUUCCCGUUCCCCAGCCAUCAUGCCAUUCACCCGCAGACUCACUCUCAUCUCCGCUCAGCAUCAAUUCAUCCUCCGUGCGUCUCACAUUCCCGGUCACCACAACGCCAUCGCUGACUCACUCUCCUGCUUCUCUUUCCAGAAAUUCAGAUGCUUGGCUCCAGACUCGGAUGUCCAUCCCACACCAAUCCCACCGUUUUCAGUGACCAUAUUCAAUUAA